GUAUAUGCUUCUUGUAUAUUGCCGACAGAUCGAGAGGCAAGCUCUGGGCAGCUUCCGCAAUCCGCACCAUGGAGUUCGGCGGAUGACUCUGGCUAGCCCGCGUGACUCCGCACGCUUGCGCUGGAUGAAGCCAAGCGCGCGAGCACAUGCACUGAUGCACGUCGUCACGGGCCGCGCUAACCGGCCCCUAUAUUAAGGCCGGGCCGCCGCCGACGUGGCGUGGGCGCGUGGCCACUGCACCACUACACAAGCAAAGCUAUAGGCCUAUAGCUAAGUGUGCUCGCGUGGGUACGUGCUGGAGCGGAUCCAUCGAUGUCCGGGACGAGGAUGAAGGCGAGCAACGCGGCGCCGCUGGUGGCGUUGCUGGUCGUGGCCGUGGCAGCGGGCGCGGCGGGCGCCAUCAAGCUCUGCGGCGUGGACCGGUCCGCGGUGGACGCGUGCACGCCCUACUGCGUGGUGGGCAGCGCGCAGGCCGCGCCGGGCCAGCUCUGCUGCGACAAGGUGAAGGCCGCCCGCUGGAGCUGCCUCUGCGACUACCGGAGCGCUCUCCCCAGCGGCAUCGACGCCGCGCGCGUCAUGGACCUCGCCACCAAGUGCAAGUGCGACUACCCGCCGGCGUCCUGCGACGCCAACUAGCUAGCCGUUUAUUCUGUGUCUAGACUAGAUCUAGAUGCCACGCCGGACGUGUCUCGUGGCCAUCGAUUAUCGUGUAUUGUUGCUUUAUUUAUCAUCGUUUCAGUGCUACGUACGGUACGGGUAUAGUAACAAACUGUGACGGCCUGACGGGCUCUGCACACUGCGCGCAGGCUGCAUGCUUGUGCACUGCAGUCGUGCUCGUGCUCGUCGGUGGGCUAUCUAUCUAUCUAUCCGUCAGCCGCGUGCCACGUCGUGUACCCUCUCGUACGUACGUGUUUCUUUGCUGCGUCCUACUAGUACUAGCUCACUGCUGUGGCACUGUGCCUGUGCGGUGCGUCCACGUCGUCCGUCGCAAACAAUAAACAUUCAGGUCUCAAUUUGUUUGUUGUU